AACGUUUUCUUCUUCUUCUCGUCUCUCUCAAAAGCUUCCCCCUUUUCUCACUCUUUAAAGUCCAUAACCGCUCAACAAAAGCAAACUCAGUUUUUUAUUCUCACUUUCCAAACACAACCGAUUUUUUUUUACUCCCCAUAACAAAGAAGUUCUCCCAACACCAUGCUUUCAAGAGUUAAUGGCGGUACUUGGAUGGAAGGUAAAGAAGAUGAAGACUCAGCUUCAUGGAACCAAGCCAACAACAACAACAGUGAUGCUAUAAUGGAGAACAAAGAUGAGAUGUGGUCUUUAUCUGCUUUCAAAUCCAUGUUAGAUGAUGAAUGGUUCAUAGGAAACAACACUAUUUCAAGCCAUCAAGAUAUUAGAGACCUUUCGUUUACUGCAAAUCUUGGUGACCACCAUCAAGAUAAUCUUUUUCUUUCUCAUCAUCACCAUUCGGUGGAUUCUUCAUCUUCAUUCUCGCCAUCUCCCUCCGUUUUCAACAAUCUCGGCCCAUCUCAGGUACACCACCUUUUGCAACCAAAACCUACCUCAUCUUCCAUACUUAAUUUUGUUUCUAAUAGCCCUUUGGACCAUGGUUUUGAUUUGGGUGAAAUUGGGUUCCUUGACAACCAAGCAACAAAUGCCAAUACUUUGUUGAACAGGGAAAAUGCUGGGGUUUUGGGUAGUUUCAUAGAUUUAAGCCAUGAUAAUCAGUUCGAAUCAGCUAAUCUGUGUACCCAGGCUCAGUUAUUGAGUUCUCCGGUGGUUCAGCUACCGGAGAACGGUGCUGGGUUUUCGGGUUUUCAAGGAUUGGAUGAGAAUCCUGGAAACGCCAUGUUUUUAAAGAGGUCUAAGUUGAGGCCACUAGAAAGUUUUCCUUCAGUUGGUGCACAACCUACUUUGUUCCAAAAAAGAGCCGCUUUGAGGAAGAAUUCAGCAGAUAAUGGACCAAGUUUGGGGGUGGUUGAUGGAGGAAACGUUUAUGUUUCGAGUGGUGCUGAGGGAGAUAAAGGGAAGCAAGAAAUGGGUGAAGAGAAUGAGAAGAGGAAAAGGAACGACAGAGAUGAUGUAGGAGAUGUGUGCAUUGAUGGUUCAGCUUUGAAUUAUGAUUCAGAUGAGUUUACUGAGAAUACCAAGAUGGAGGAAACUCUUAAAAAUGGCGGAAAUACCAUACAUGCAAACGAUAGUGUUAAUGGAGGAGACCAAAAGGGUAAAAAGAAAGGGCUUCCUGCUAAGAAUUUGAUGGCUGAGAGGCGGCGUCGAAAGAAACUCAAUGAUAGGCUUUACAUGUUGCGGUCUGUUGUUCCAAAGAUUAGAAAAAUGGAUAGAACUUCAAUUCUCGGGGAUGCUAUUGAAUACUUGAAGGAACUACUGCAAAGGAUCAAUGAACUCCACAUUGAAUUGGAGUCAACCCCUCCUAGUUCUUCCCUGACACCUACAACCAGCAGUUUCCACCCGUUGAUGCCAACUCCAGCCACCUUGCCUAGCCGUAUCAAGGAUGAACUUUGCCCCAGUUCGUUACUGAGUCCAAAUGAGCAGACAGCAAGAGUUGAAGUAAGACUGAAAGAAGGAAAAGCUGUUAACAUCCACAUGUUUUGUGGGUGGAGACCUGGUCUUUUGCUCUCCACGAUGAGGACUUUGGACAGCCUUGGACUUGACAUCCAGCAAGCAGUCAUUAGUUGUUUUAAUGGUUUUUCCAUGGAUAUCUUCCGAGCUGAGCAAUGCAAGGAAGGACAGGAGAUCAAUCCUGAGCAUAUCAAAGCUGUACUGUUGGAUUCAUCUGGUUUCCACAACAUGAUAUAGAGGUUUCUUUGGCAAGGUUAUAUCAAAGUUUGAAUCUCAGAAAACAAGGGGUUGCAUUUUGUUCC